UAAAUAGCAGACAGAAUUAAAGAAAUGUAUAUGUACAUCAUUUUUAGUUAAUGUUUUUAAAUAAAUUCAAGUAUUGUAAAUACCUUAAGAUAUUAAAUGAGAAAAUGGCAGAGGGUAACUUAGAAGGUCUUAAUUUAAUCUAUGAUAAUUCAGUCGAAAGUCUUCUAUUCGAAAUUACGAAACAAAAUUAUAAAGCUUCCUCUAAUGAUGCUCAUGUUAUUGACAAUAAAGAUGGCUGCUUAUGUGGACAUUAUCCUUCAGAAAUCUACAUUCCUAUUUGUUUAUUGGAAAAUGAAGAAAUUGAUUUAAAUGCGUUGACAAACCAAUUAAAAAGAGCCAGACUAGCCAGAAGUCGUGAAAGAUUUGUUGUUCCAGCUAUAAUAUAUAAAAAUAAAUGUAUAUUCCGUAGUGCAACACUUUCAAGUGGUAAAGAAGUCUUGGCUAGGAAAACGAAGAAAGGUCUAACAAAUGUUGUUGAAAAAUUGGUAAAGAUGAGUUCUUGGAGUGGUGUCUUCUCCGGAAAUUUGAAUAGAGAUAAUUGCGAAUCAACACAUGACGAAUCUGAAGACGGUCUUGAUUUUACUUCCCCAUCGAACGGUGAUAGGGUCUCAAUACUUGAUGCAUUACGAUCGCGUGACGUUAAGGUUUUAGAAACAUAUGGAAUAAAUUAUAUUUUUGAUUUAAUGGUUGAGGAGAGAUUGUUAAGAUAUGGAAUGUAUGUAGCAUCAUCUGAAAAGGCAGCUAGUCGAGAAAAAUACUCUGGAUUUAGAAUUGUUCAAUUACCGUACCCCGGAUGCGAAUUUUUCUCUUGUUGGAGCGAGAGGGGAUAUAACCCAGAUAAUUUAAAAUAUCAAUGGGACAAUGAUUACAAUGUUUGUAUGAAAUUACCAGAAGAAACUCAGUCGAAUCCCUCACAUCUAAUGAAAGGUGUGAUAAAAGCGAACGGUGAGAAAUCAGAAAGGAAUUGGGAUUUAGCUGAGUUAACAAAAAAUUAUUUACGAAUAGUAUUAAAUUUUCUGCAGUUUGAAAAUGGCAACUUUCUGGUCCACUGCAUAUCUGGGUGGGAUCGAACGCCUUUGUUUAUCUCUCUAAUUCGAUUGUCCUUGUGGGCUGAUGGCGCAGUAAACGAAUCCUUAUCUGAUACAGAAAUGGCCUACUUUACUCUAGCUUACGAUUGGUUUUUACACGGGCAUCAACUAUGCGAAAGAAUAUCUAAAAAGGAAAAUGUACUAGUCUUUCUUUUUUCAUUUCUCAAUGAGAUUUCGAGCGAAGAAUAUUCAAUUCAUAGGCCAGUAAAUGAAUCAGAUAGACAAAAAUUAGAUGAGAGAAAAAGAAGAUUAAGAGCUGUACAAGAUAUAUUCUUUAAUUCAUUUAAUAAUCUUCUUGAUUUUUCCGUUAUGGAAGAAACUACUAGAAAGUUUGUUAAUAGCGUUAGAGGAGCGAAAGUAGCCCUACAUAAUCGUCUCUUCUCUUCUGGAAAUGUUUAA